GUUGCUGCAAAGAGCCAAGCAGGGGCUGGGCUGGGGGCAGCGGUGCUGGGGAUACUCCUCCCUUGCACCCAGCCUGUGACAGUCUCGCCAAGCCCAGGGCCUGAGGCAGCAGCCCCAGUAGUUAGCCGCAGGGCAGGGCCGGGAGGGCUCCCUGCAGUGACUCUGCUGCAGCCCCCCAACAGACAGGUGCUGGGGCGCAGCGCUGAGCCCAGAGGGGGGCAUGGGGCAAGUCUGGGGGGGCAUCACCUGUAAAGCCAUUUCCUGUAACACCCGUGAUGCGGAGGAGAGCGAACAGUUACCCAGAGAACUCUGAGAAGAGCUGUGGUGAGGGGGAAGAGAACACAUAGGACCCCUUGGAGUGUCUGGCUGAAUUCUCCCACUUCUGAUCUCACUCUGGCUAGGGCAGGAGAAUCUCUCGUCCAUUAUAGUAUCUGGGGCCUGUAGUAACUAUUGGCCUGAAGAUGCAGGCUCUUCUGCUUGGGAACGCAAGGUCUCCAAUCUCAGGAGUUCGAUUUCUUCUCUCUGUCUCUCAGGAAGCAAAGCCAGAGUGCAGUGGGACAAAGCCCAGAACAAGACACUGCAAGGAGUAACUGGAGCUCCUGAGAUUCUGCCAGGACCUGCAGCGUUUCAAAGCCCCCUAGUCCCAGCCCAGGGGGAGACCAUCAGCUGCACUCCAUAUACCAUUCAUUUGACUUGCACUGAAUCCGCUCAGAACUAUUCAUGGCCCAAGAAUUACAGUGGGGGCUGGGUUUGGAUGCUCCUGUCAGAUCAGGCUCUGCAGCCCAGCAUGAAAGGAGCCCAUACUCACUGAACAGCAAUGAUCCAGACUUGGUGUGAGCUGUGUGUCCUGCCCUCCUGCAGUAGCCGGGUCACAGUGUCCUUUCUGACUGCUUUGCCCGUGCAUGUUCCAGAUGACCUUUCCACCACACCUACCCUCCGGUGCAGCACAUGCAUGAGACAGCCAGUAACCCUGCUAAGUAAAGCCUCUUCCAUGUGCUUCCCUGGCUCUCCUGCGCAAGCUCGCCGUAUGUGUCCUGCAGCUGACAGGCAGUGGGGCAGGAGGGAUGCAUGGUGCUGAGGAAUUCCCUCUCUGCCUUGUCUUCUCUCCCUAGCCAGGCAGGGUUGGUAUAAUUGUUGGAGCUGUCGUGCUUACGAUGCCUGUUGUUUCCUUCUCCCAUGGCACUGAUGCAUCCACGGGGCUUAAAAGAGCUGAUCUGUGUCAGCGGCCUUCUCUCACUCAUCCUGCUCUGGUGCCUGCUGGUCAUGACAGCUGAUGUCCAGAAGAGAUGGCAGCUUUCCAGUCGCUUCCCCAUCUUCCAAGGGAAGCUGCCCAGAAGGUCUCGCUUUGGGGCCAUCGAAUCUGCCCGGAGGGGCGUGGACUUCCCAUCUCUGUUCAUCAACUCUCACACAGAUCCUCACUGUGAGCCUGAGCAGCUGCUCCUGAUCCUCGUAACUUCAGCCCCAGGGAAUUCAGAGCCCAGGCAAGUGAUCAGGAGAACCUGGGCUGCCCACGAGGGACAGACAGCAAACCAAUGGCAGUCCGUGUUCUUAGUCGGCCAGUCUGCAGACGUUGGAGUAGCCCAGGGCAUCCAGAGAGAGCAGCAGGAGUUUGGGGACAUCCUGAUUGGGAAUUAUCAGGACACCUAUCGGAACCUCACCCUGAAGGUCAUGCAUGGGUUUAAGUGGGUGGCCGAGCGGUGCCGGCCCAGCUACAUUCUAAAGACGGAUGACGACUGCUUCGUCAACACAGACCGGCUGCCGGAGUUCCUGCUGGAGCACAACACUAUUAAGACGGGCCUGUAUGCAGGAUCCCUCUUCUCCCGGGAGAAGCGGCAGGUCAUCAGAGAGCCUUCCAGCAAAUGGUACGUCUCCAGGCAAGACUACCACCCAGACGAAUACCCGCCAUACGCCAGCGGCAUCGGCUACAUCCUCUCUCUGGAUGCCGUUGAGCGGAUCCUGUGGGCAGCAGAACAUGUCCACCCCAUCCCGGUGGAAGAUGCCUAUGUGGGCAUCUUGGCUGAGAAGGCUGGGAUCCGGGUGAAAUCCAGUGCGCGCUUUGCCAAGCACAACGUGAGGUGGCGGGUGUGUAACUACCGCUACCUGAUGGUGAUUCAUCACCUGAGCCCACAGGAGCAGGAGGUGGCCAAGGGGAACAUGCUGCAGGCUCGGAGUGCCUGCCAUGACAGCCUGGAGGUCACCAGGUGGAAGUGAGCCACUGUCUGCCAGGAGGGCUGGCAAGGGACCUGGCAACCUUACGCCUGUAGCACAGUCUGAAGGGGGUUAUACAACCGGUGCUCAGUGUAAUU